AUGGCGCCUAAGAAGCAGAAGGAGGGUAAUAAAUCCCGCGCUAACUUAGCGGAAGAUGAAGCAUUAGACUGGCUGAAACCACGCACACUCUUAAAACCUGACGAUCAAGAGGAAGUUCCUGAGGCGGAUCUCGAAGAGGAGGUCGGUCGUGUUCUGACUACUAUCAAUCCUCAAUGGGUGGCAGACGAGGUAGCCUAUCAUUAUGGACAGGGCCGAUUUGUACUCAAGCCAAAACCGACGUUUGGAAAGGCAUAUCCCUUGUAUAUAUACCAAGGAACAGCCAUACGGAAGGACUCUGAAGAAGCGAAGGCUCAAAUUGCUGCCGGAUAUGGAAUGGUUGGCUUCGACGAUGCUGGUCCCAAGCGAGCCAAAGUAAAGAAAUCUGCAGCUGAGGAAGAGGAGGAAGAAGAGCCUGAACCCGAACCCGCAGCACCAGCAGAAGAAGCUAAGGCAGAAGAGGAUGCAGUUCAAGAAGAAGAGAAGCCAGCUGCGCCUGAAGAAGUGGAAGCGCCUGUUGAUGAAGCUGCGGUUGGUGAAGAAACUGCGGUAGCAGAAGAAGGCGGUGAAGAAGCCGCACCAGAGGAAAAAGCAGGGGAAGAGCCUCUCAUCGAAGAAGUCAUUACAAUUAAGCCUCGUGUCAAGAAAUUGGCUAACCAGUUUAACUUCUGCGAAAGAGCUGCCCUCACAUACAAUAACCCGAGAAGAUCGGUGGACACACAAACUAUACCACCACCUAGAGCCAACUAUGGGUCAACUUGCCUGCAGUCUAUCAUCUUUGAUUUUUACCAAGAAGACUACGCUCGAAAGAUGAAAGAAAAGGAAGAUGAGAAGCCCAAAAGGCUUCGCAAGAAAGCGGCGAAACAUGCGAAGUCGGCGCAACAAAUUCACGACGAACAACUGGCGCAGAGAAUACGAGAGGCCUGGACCAUUCUCGAGAGACUGGUCAAUCAGAACAUCUACGAUGAUAUUGCCCAAGACUAUCGUUACUGGGACGAUCCCUCGGACGAAUUCCGCGAGGGGAUGGGCUCGCUGCUGCCGCUCUGGAAGUUCCAGUUUGAGCCGAUGAGGAGUCACGCUGUGUGCGAGGUGCAGUGGAACCCACACUAUCAGGACUUGUUCGCUGUCGCUUAUGGCUCUUUGGAUUUUACACAACAGCAAAAGAAUGGAUGUCUCUGUCUAUUCAGUAUAAAGAACCCAGCCUACCCCGAGUAUUCGGUUAUAACUGAAUCGCCGAUCAUUUGCCUAGACGUCUAUCAUGAGACUCCGUACCUUAUAUGUGUUGGCAGGUACGAUGGUAACGUAUGCGUGUAUAAUGCUCAACUCACGCUGGAAUCUUCCUACCAGUAUAAGUCUGAUUCUGUGAGAGACAAACACAGUAACAUCGUUUGGGAGAUACGCUGGGGUGCGCGUCUAAUAGACGGCGAAGCAUCGUUCUUCUCUAUAUCCGGGGAUGGUAGAGUGGUACAAUGGGCAGUGAUGCCCGGGGAGUUACAAGCCACCACCAUAAUAACGUUGCAGUCCAGUGUGCCGCCCAUACCGGGCCCCGAUGGUACUUUGCUCACCGUCAAUAGUUGCGGCAGUUGCAUCUGCUUCCAUCCAGAAAAAGCGGAUAUAUUCAUGGUGGGAACAGAGGACGGUAUGAUACAUACUUGUUCCCUCAAGUACAAUCGCAACUACGUGCGUUCGGUACAAGGACACCACAUGCCGGUGUACAGGAUACACUAUAAUUACUUCAAUAAUAGUAUCUACGCGUCCUGCUCGGGGGAUUGGAGGGUUAAGAUAUGGGAGGAUGGACGGGACGAACCCUUAUUCAUGUUCGAGCUGGGCUCACCCGUGGGCGAUGUCAAGUGGGCGCCUUACUCUAGCACUGUCUUUGCAGCUUGUACCGCUGACGGGAAGGUGUACGUGUACGACUUGAAUGUGAACAAAUACCGACCGAUUUGUGUGCAAGCGGUGGUUUCCAAGAAGACCAAGAAAUUGACGCGAAUCGACUUCAAUGCCCGACUACCAGUUCUAGUGUGCGGGGACACGAAGGGUACCUCCCAUGUGGUGAAAUUGUCCCCCAAUCUAAGGGUUAUGUGCAAACCUCCUAAAAAGGCUCAGGGCGUUGACCAACGAACAUUACAGAUAAUGAAAUUAGACAAAUUGCUGAGUUUGGUCCGCGACCCGCCAUUCCAAACUGGAGUAGUCGACGAAAAGUUCGAUGAUGACUGA